AUGAGAUAAUAAAGGGAUAGUUCACACAAAAAUUAAUGUUUGUAACCAAACUGUUGCUGGCAGCCAUUGACUUCAAUGGUAUACUUCAAAGGCUAUCAGCAACUUUUUGUUUUUUUUUGUGUUCACCAGAAGAAAUUAAUUCAUAUAGGUUUGGAACAACAUGAGGGUAAAUAAUGACAGAAUUUUCAUUUGUGGGUGAACCUUUAAAUCAGAACAAAAGUCAGAAUUGUGAGAGAAAGAUUACCUUUUUUUCAUGAAAUAAAUGGUUUUCCCCAAAUCUCAAUCGCAAUCUCAAAUUGUUUCAAAUUGUUCUCAGAUUUGCCAAGAUGCCAAAGUCUGCAGUCAAACAGAGACACAAUGUCACGUAUGAGGACAAUGAGAAAUUUCAGAAUCAAGAUUCUCCAAUACGCUACAGUUACUGUCAUGAAGAGGUUUUGAAUUAUUAUGGUGGACUGUGCUGGGAGAUUUUCAAUGUCAGCAUGAGUGAACUGGGCAAGGACAAUUGGUGUAAUAUGGAGAUGGUGAUAAGAAACUACAACAUGUUAACUGAGUGUAUUGAGAACGUAUGCUUUGAGCUAGGCUGCUUCUACCCUAAUCACGUGAUGGAGGAGCUGUUCGUGAGGAUACACCAGCAGUACUUCAGUUCUUGUAACAAUGAAGAAGAUUUACCCGACGCCCCGGCUGGAGUCGUGCUCAUAUCCACACUGCUGCCUAUCCUCCUCAUACCCUUCAUAGUCUACAUCGUGGUCUGGAAGAGUAGUUUAAGGGACUGAAUGCUUUUGCCUUAUCCCGGAUGAGUUAAAGUGAUACUUCGCUUCAGAAAUUGAAAUCCUGUCAUCAUUUACUCACACUCACGUCUGCCACCUGUAUGACUUUCAUUCUUCUAAAGAAGAUAUUUUGAAGUUGUUGUUUGGAUGUUCUUCAGAAUAGAUUUUUUUUGUGUGUGUUUUGCAGAACAGAGGAUUGAAAUGAGAUGAGGGUGAGUAAAUGAUGACCCAGUUUUUAGUUUUUGAGUGAGUGGUUGCUUUAAAGUAAACUUGGACUAUACAAAGUUCAUGUGGUUCACAAUGAUGUAAUUACUGUAAAUAAAACACGCAGUGGGUGUGUGAAUUUUCAACACACUCAUGAUUGAAUGUAUAACAGAUGCACGAUUUGUGAUCAUGAUAUGAAUAUACUGUGGCUUACUGAAAAUAUCCUGCUAGACUUUUUUCGGGUGUUGUAUGUCAGUUUACAGCUAUUUAUUUUAAGUUUGAAAAUGCUCAGCAACUCACACAAAUGUAAGCCUAAACAUUAAACAAAAUAUCGAAGCCCUAUUUUUAAUGCAUUAUAAGCAUAUUUGUAAUGGCAUGAAUAAUCCCUUAUAAAAACCAUUAUAAUCG